AUGCCGUUAUUUAGUGGCAGAUGCUUUAGUACAUCGAAAUUAAUCGGUAAAACUGCAAUUAUAACAGGAAGUAAUACAGGAAUUGGCAAAGAAACCGCUUUAGAUUUCUAUAAAAGAGGUGCUAAGGUAAUAUUAGCAUGUAGAAGCUUGGAUAAAGCUACUGAAGCAAAAAGAGAAAUUGAGGAGCGAUGCAAGGGACUAUCAGAGACGGGCAAUUUAGUACUAGAGAGAUGCGAUCUGUCUUCUCUGAAAUCUGUUCGAGAUUUUAGCCAAAAAAUUUUAGACACAGAACCUAACAUUAACAUUUUAGUCAAUAACGCUGGUAUUAUGAUGUGCCCUAAGGGCGAGACUGAGGAUGGUUUUGAGAUGCAGUUUGGGACCAAUCAUCUAGGACAUUUCCUGCUUACCCUGCUCCUGUUGCCCCGUAUUAAGAACAGUACUCCAGCUAGGAUCGUUACUGUGUCAUCAAUGGCUCAUUCAAGAUCUGGCAUUCAUUUUGAUGACUUGAAUUACAAGAAAAGACCAUAUCACUCUAGGUUAGCAUAUUCUCAGAGUAAGCUUGCCAAUGUUUUGUUUUCUAGGGAGCUAGCAGUUAAAUUGAAGGAAUAUAAUAUUGAGGGUGUUAAUACCUACAGCUUGCAUCCUGGAGUAAUAAAAACAGAGCUUGGACGUCAUAUGGAUGAAACUUUAUUUUGGGGUGCAAGAAAACUGUUUGGAAUUAUAUUAGGGCCUUUUAUGAAAUCACCCGAGCUUGGUGCACAAACAACAAUUUAUUGUGCAGUAGAUGAGAAAUGUGCUAAUGAAACAGGUCUAUAUUACAGUGACUGUUCAGUUACAACCCCCCAUCGUAAUGCUUUAAAUGAUGAAUAUGCCAAACAACUCUGGGAUGUUUCAAUGGAGCUUGUUAAUCUCAAGAAUUAUAAUCCAUUCACAACAAAUGAUCCUGGAGUAACUCAA